AGAUUCAUUAACAACAUGGAAACCAGAAACCAAACAGCUGUUUCAGAAUUUCUUCUCUUGGAGGUGACAGAGGAUCCAGAACUGCAGCCCCUCCUCUGCAGCCUGUUCCUGUCCAUGUACCUGGUCACCGUCCUGGGAAACCUGCUCAUCAUCCUGGCUGUCAUCUCUGACUCCCACCUCCACACCCCCAUGUACUUCCUUCUCUCCAAUCUGUCCUUUACUGACAUCUCUUUAAGCACAGCCACGAUCCCCAAAAUGUUAGUGAACAUCCAAGCUCAGCAUUCAAGCAUCACUUACACAGGCUGCCUCACCCAGAUCUAUUUUGUCCUGGUUUUGUCCUGUUUGGAAAAUUUUCUCCUAGGGGUGAUGGCCUAUGACCGCUAUGUGGCCAUUUGUCACCCCCUGAAAUACACGGUCAUCAUGAACCCUCGGCUUUCCGUCCUGAUGAUUCUCCUCUCCCUGUCUAUUAGUGUUGGGGUUUCCCUGCUGCACAGUCUGAUGCUGCUGCGGCUGUCCUUCUGCACAGACCCAGGAAUCCCCCUCUUCUUCUGUGAAGUUGUUCAAGUCAUCAAGCUCGCCUGCUCUGAUACCCUCAUCAAUAAUAUUCUGAUAUAUUUUGCAGCAUGCAUGUUAGGUGGGAUACCCCUCUCUGGAAUCAUUUUCUCUUAUGUUCACAUUGCUUCUGCUGUUUUGAGAAUGCCUUCAGCAGGAGGAAAGUACAAAGCUUUCUCCACCUGUGGGUCUCACCUCUCAGUUGUUUUCUUAUUCUAUGGGACAGGUUUUGGAGUGUACUUUAGUUCUGCAUUUACACACUCUUCCAGGAAGAAUGCAGUAGCUUCGAUGAUGUACACUGUGGUCACUCCCAUGAUGAACCCCUUCAUCUACAGCCUGAGGAACAGGGAUGUGAAGGGAGCCUUGAAGAACCUCCUCUGUAGGAGAUUUUCUUAUCUGUGA